AUGGGCAGCAAGGAGGCAUUGGUGGUAUGCAGUGACAAGAAACUGAGCACAGGGAUAACCAUCUGGGACAUGGACACAGGGGAUGAUCUCUACCACAUACCAACCUGUGCUUCACCUCCUCAUGCACUCACUUGCUUGAGAAACCAGUACCUUGUAGCUUCUCAGAUUCACAGACAAGGGUCAUUUGGUUCUGGGGCUAUCUUUAUCUGGCCAUUGAAUAAGCCUCAAGCACCACUAAGGAACUACCCAAUCGAGGCCAUUGGACCAGUCUCCUGCACAAAGGAUGGUGUAUAUCUUGCUGGUGGUACUCUUUCUGGAAAUGCUUAUAUUUGGGAGGUUAUAAAUGGGAGACUGCUCAAGAAUUGGUGUGCCCAUCUUAAGUCGGUAACCUGCUUGGUGUUUUCUGAUGAUGGUACUCUUCUUAUAUCUGGUUCGGAAGAUGGUACGAUAAUCGUGUGGCCUAUGAUUAGUCUGCUAGACGAGACAGAUUGUGGAAGCUUUCCUUCUAUGUUAAGCUUUUCAGCAAAACACACGUCCUCGGUAACUCGUCUGUUAUCUACAUCAAGCAGCUCAAGCUCCGUUUUUCUGUCAAGCUCCCUUGAUGGUACUUGCAAGGUUUGGGACCUUGUCACGGGAACGCUUUUAGGAACUCGAGCAUUUUCACAUCCAAUAACUGCAAUUGUUCUUGAUCCAUUGGAGAAGAUUUUGUUUUCUGGAAGUGAAGACGGGAGAAUUUUUGUGAACGCACUUGAUAUUGGAGGAGUGGAGGAUCCUUUUGAUGUUUCAGAGAAUCAACCAAUCGUGCUCAAUGGACACAAGGGAUCCAUAACUGUACUGACAUUCAGUGCAUCGGGCCUGAUCUCUGCAUCGGAGGACUGCACUGCCUGCCUUUGGGAUGUCGUUAAUUGUGUGAUCAUUCGGAGAUUCAACCAUUUAAAAGGGUCCAUAACUAAUUUGGUAGUGAUCCCACAUUUGUCAUUGCUUCCUGUGAUGAACCAUAGGCAGAGAGCCUCUAAUCAGUUCCGUGUUUCUUCGCUUGAUAAACUUCCUCGGCCAACAAACUCAUCCAAGGGAAUGGUGACUCUUCUACCAUCAUGUUCUUCCCUCAAAGUGCAACAUUUUACCUCGGAGUUUCGAAGCACUGAUUCAAUGAACCAACAGAUUCUUGAGUUGGAGAAUGGGUGGACACAGGGCGCGAUACAAAUGAAGGUAGAGAAAAGCAUAGAAGGUCGAGUUUGGGCCUCAAGAAUGACGAAGCAUCUAAUAAAGAUGAACAAGCAUUUGCAGUCUCGGUUACUAGAUCUGGUGCAAUGCCAGUUACUGCCUCUGGAUAGCUGCCCACCCCCAACAGGGAAGGGAAAGAAGCUCAAGGUUGAGAGUUUGCCAUUGCAGGAGGAAGAGCAAACACCGUCGCCGGCUUCUUAA